GCUCGUCUUCCUCUAUAUCCUCGCUUUCUUCGCCUCUUCACUCCCACGUUUUCCAAAGGAACCCAAACUCUCACACACAUUCCCUCUCUCUCUCUCGUCCAUGGGAUUCAGUUAAACUUCGAACUUUUUCUCUGGGAUUGAGAUACUUGGAUUCGUGUUCAUGAAUUCCAACGACAUCCUUACCAGAAUCGAGGUUUUCUCGUCCUUGUCGGGAUAAAACCCAGAAUGGGGAUUUUGUGUCGGUUGGCUCUGUUGAUUUCUGGGUGUCCUGUUCUGCAACUGCACAGCAGGUUCCUUCAGAACCUUGGUUGCUCGUUGGUGAUGGAGUUCGAUCCGUUCAUGAAGCUUCUGAAUCAGACCGAUGGUUUCGGGUGUGGGUUUCUCUUCUUCGGUUGUUUCUCUCAGGUUUUCAACCUGUUCUUUAUUUCUUUCCUGUUUCUUUUGGGGCUAAAAUUCUUGAACUUCAAGGGUGCUUCUUCUGCUGCGCACUAUCUGAGUAAUGUUAGAGAGAAAAAUGGGAACUUUGAUGCCUUCGAUCGGAAAGAUCCGGAUUGCAAUGACGGGUUUGUUAAAAAUCCUCGUAAUGUUGAUGGGUUUGAUCGGAAAGGUAUGAUUUCUCUCUGGAAAAUCGAUGCUGCUGCUAAAUCGGGUAGGAAGAAAAAGUUCUCAACCCGGUUUUGUUCCGAAUGUGAGUUACAUGAUGGGUUUGGUCGGAAGAAGAACAUGACUGGCGAAGAAAGAAACAGAGGCGUUUCAGCUCUACCAGAGACAGAGAUCGAUGAAAACGACGACGUUGCAAGAGAAAAGGAUAAUGAAGAAGGGUUUCCCAGUGAUGAAGACGAAGUAGUCGACGUUAUCACUCUCAGAAAAAUGGUGAAGAGAGAGAGGAAUCGAGGGGAUUCUCUCUACACAGAGCUGGAGAAAGAGAGAGUGGCGGCUGCAUCAGCAGCAGAAGAAGCCAUGGCUAUGCUUCUCAGACUGCAGAGCGAGAAGAGCUCGGUGGAGAUGGAGGCGAAACAGUACAAGAGAAUUGCGGAGCAGAAGCAAAUUUACGAUCAGGAAGUGAUACAAGGGUUGCAAUGGAUGGUGACGAAGCACGAGGAAGCGAGGGAUGCGCUCGAAGAUAAGCUGAGGCUGUGUGUACAAAAGCUGAAAAUGCAUUCGAAUGGUGACGGUGAAACCGACUUUGAUGGAUUCUUGGAAAGCUCCAUGGAUGGCGGAAGGGAUCAGAGGAACAUCAUCGUGGGUUCACCAGAAAUAGAAUCCGAGGGCUUCUGAGGUUGUAUGAAAGCUGGAAACUGUGAUAGAGUUCUUAGGGGGUUGAACUCAAAUUCAGUCAUGUAAAUUAGCAGCAGUAGAUGUAUCUUGAAGUUCAUGGAUAUGCAAUAAAUUUUCAUCAGUGGAUUCACCUGAAAGGAAGGUGAAAACUUCUGAAAGCUUUUUGUUAA